AUGAAGACAGCCAUCGCAUUGUCCCUGCUGCUUUUUGCGCAGAAGAGUCUACAAGAUGACUCGCCCGCGAAAAAAGCCUGCAAGGCACUGCAUGAGAAGUAUCCGGAAUUGACCGCAUAUGGCUUGGAUCCGACCUAUAUCGAGGCUAACACGGACUUCUAUACGUCCAGCGCCUUCCUCGGUCCAGCAUGCGUCUUCGAACCGUCCGACAGCUACCAAAUGGCCGAUGCCGUCCUGACGUUCCAGAACUUCACUUCCCCCUUCGCCGUCCGUGGUGGAGGACACAUGCCCAUCGCUGACGCGGCGAAUAUCAACUCAACGGGUGUUCUGCUCUCCACGGCGGGACUGUCGCAGGUGCAGGUGUCUGACGACAAGAAAACCGUUAACAUCGGGCCGGGGAAUCACUGGGUGGAUGUGUACAAGGGGCUGGAGCCGUACGGGUUGACGGUUGUUGGGGGUCGUCUUGGGGUUGUUGGUGUGCCGGGGCUGUUGCUGGGAGGGGGUGUGUCGUAUUUUGGGAAUGAGUAUGGCUGGGGGUCUGCUAAUAUUGCUAGUUUUACGGUCGUCCUGGCGAACGGAACGGUUGCGGUUGCGCGUGCAGACAACGAAUAUUCGGAUCUCUUCUGGGCUCUUCGCGGCGGUGGAAACUCGUUCGGUAUCGUGACGAACUUUGAGAUGACCACUAUCGACGCGCCCGAGGUGAUGAUUGGGGUGGCCUCGUACGUGAACAACGAGCACACGGCGGACAACUUCAUUGACGCCGUCCACGACUACGCCGUCUCUGGGACGAAAGACUACAAAUCAGCUACCAUCCCGACGGUAGAGUUCAUCCAGGCCCUGGGCACAGCGUUCUAUACCUCUUUCAUCUUCUACAACGGGAAGAACGAGUCGCCUGCGUCGUUGAAGAAGUUCCUGGGUACGAAGAAUGGCACGUCGGGUGACAACGGACUGACGACUUUGACCAACUCGUACUCCUACCGAUCUAUGUACAAGUGGACCACUGAGCUGGACCCGACAUUCCCGCUGCUCAAGGGCGACCGUCAGCGAUUCUACGUGUUGAACAUCCACGCGUCGAACCGCGAGGCCAUUGCCAUCGUGCACGAUACGUACCUGGAAAUUGCCAAGUCGGAGCUCCCCCCUGGUGUGCUCGUCGCGGCACUUGCUUUUCCCGCCGUGGGUGAGAAGUACAUCGAAGCAUCGACGGUGAACGGUGGCGACCCCAUGUCCUUGGACCCAGAGGGCGCGCCCUACAUCUGGGUCGAGGAGAGCAUCACAGCUCUCAGCACGGUGAAAGACGAGCAACUGGAUGAAUUCUACGACAAGGCGAACAGCGCAAUCACCAAGCGUCUCAAGGAAAAGGGAAUCGACAUCCCCGGGUUCUUGUACCUGAACGACGCCAACCCCAAGCAGGACGUGUUCGCGACGUAUCCCAAGGAAAACGUGCAGCGGCUGCAGAAGAUUCGAGCGAAAUACGACCCCGAGCGGGUGUAUACGGAUUUGAUGCCUGGGGGGUGGAAGGUGGACUAA